GGUCGGCGAUGACCCAGGAAAGGGGGUUUGCAGCGUGGACGCGGCUUUCUCCAGGUUGCCUCUCCGGCAGCAGAGCUGGGACAAGAGACGGGUCUCUUGACCUUCGGCUCGGCGCCACCCCGCAGCACUGAGAUGCUGCUGAGUCACUGAGAAGGCCUGCUCAGACAAGGAGGUGCUGCAGGGAAAUGCAGGGCAUUAGGCACUGGGCCGCAGCCAGCCCAUCCUGCGGCUUCUUGUACACUCCUUCUUGGUUUGAAGGCCCAGAGAGCCGAGCUGUCCCUUCUCCCAGCGGCCUUAUCCUCCUCUUCCUCAGCAGGAGACUCAUCUCACUUAGCCCGGCUUAGUUUCCUCAGUGGGGAUUGGACCGAGGACUAGAUCUAGAGUCAGGAAGACCUGAGAUCUGGGGCGCACCUUCUUCUUCUGGAAUGGAGCAAGGCUGGGAGGGGCCGUCUUCAUUGGAACUAUUUAUUCCACUUGCCACAGGCUAUCAAAAUCUGCCAGCUCGCCCUGUGCUGGCAGGAGCUCCUAAGAGACAGUUUCACAGUGUCCUCUCCCAAGAGGAGGGAGCUCUGGGGGCUGGGGAGUUGGCCUGGUCCAGAAACUCCCUGGUACACCUCGUUCAGGCCUUUAAGAAGGAGCUUCCAACGGGGAGAUGUCCGGUCAGCCAGAAAGAAAGGCGCGGAUCUGACGGGCAGAGGCUUGCCGGGGACCACUGAAGGCCCCAGCCGGAGGCAGGGCCCUGGGAGCAGGCAUGGGCAGAGGCGCUGCUGGGGACAAGACCGAGGAGGCACCAGUCACUGGGAGGGCCCGCAGCAGUUCCUCAGCUCCAAUGAGCACUUUGUAGUGUCUGGGGCAGCCUGGAGGCGGCGAGGCGGGGAGCGCGGGGCCCAGGAUGCCACCUUCCAUGCGGUGUCUUUGAAACCUUGUCCGCCCGCUGAGGCGGUUUUUCCUUCUGUCUUCUGAGCCUCCGAGCCUUGCCCCGAGGGGAGAGGACUGAGCAGACCCUAGGCCCCUCCCUGCGGGCUUUCUCUCCUGGUCGGAAUCCUUGGUGUCCCCCGGGGGACAGAGCAAGCCCCCCGCAGCAGGGGAGGGAGGGGGCCGCCUCAGCGCCUGCCCAUGCACCACAAGGGCCCCGGCUGCCCCAGGCUGGACUCUUCCACGUCACCAGGGCGCAGGUUUCCCGGAGCUGGUGUCCGACCAUCUCAAGGGACUACAGGGCUGGGAUGGACUGACCUCCCCCUCGGUGGGGGGGCCGGAGAAGCACAGCCCCUGUGGCCCAGCUAGGGCCAGUGCGGACAGAGCCGCCACACAGGGCCUCCCUGCGGCUCCGGCCUCUAUGCGCCUUCUCUGCGGAGCCCGAGCGGGUGGGCAGCGCUGGGGCCGGCUCCGCGCUCGGCCGGUGAGGGAGGGACCCCGGUGACCCCUGCCCCAGCAGGGGCUCCCGCCCCCCUCUGCCGCGCCAUGAAGUGCUCCCUGCGUUUCUGGUUCCUCUCCACGGCCUUCCUGCUGGUGUUCGUCAUGUCGCUCCUCUUCACCUACUCCCACCACAGCAUGGCCACCCUGCCCUACCUGGACUCCGGAGGCCUCGGCAGCACGCACCGGGUCAAGCUGGUGCCCAGCUACGCAGGCCUGCAGCGGCUCAGCAAGGGGGGCCUCCUGAGCAAGAGCUGCGCCUGCCGCCGCUGCAUGGGCGACGCGGGGGCCUCCGACUGGUUCGACAGCCACUACGACGGUAACAUCUCCCCCGUCUGGACCAAAGAGAACAUGGAUCUCCCCCUGGACGUGCAGCGCUGGUGGAUGAUGCUGCAGCCCCAAUUCAAGUCCCACAACACCAACGAGGUGCUGGAGAAGCUCUUCCAGAUUGUGCCAGGGGAGAACCCCUACCGCUUUCGGGAUCCCCACAAGUGCCGACGCUGUGCCGUGGUGGGAAACUCGGGCAAUCUGCGUGGCUCUGGCUACGGGAGGGACGUGGAUGGCCACAACUUUAUCAUGAGGAUGAACCAAGCCCCAACAGUGGGCUUUGAGCAAGAUGUUGGCAGCCGGACUACCCAUCACUUCAUGUAUCCCGAGAGUGCCAAGAACCUGCCUGCCAACGUUAGCUUUGUGUUGGUACCCUUCAAGGCCCUGGACUUACUGUGGAUUGCCAGUGCCCUGUCCACAGGACAGAUCCGAUUCACUUACGCUCCUGUGAAGUCCUUCCUCCGAGUGGACAAAGAAAAGGUCCAGAUCUACAACCCAGCCUUUUUCAAGUACAUUCAUGACAGGUGGACAGAGCAUCACGGGCGCUACCCUUCCACCGGCAUGCUGGUGCUCUUUUUCGCUUUACACGUGUGCGAUGAGGUGAACGUCUACGGGUUCGGGGCGGACAGUCGAGGCAACUGGCACCACUACUGGGAGAACAACCGCUAUGCGGGGGAGUUCCGGAAGACCGGCGUGCACGACGCGGACUUUGAAGCCCACAUCAUUGACAUGCUGGCCAAAGCCAGCAAGAUUGAGGUCUAUCGGGGCAACUGAGCCUGGGCCUCCCACUGCCCCCUUCUGCUGCUGUGGCCCCGGCUCCCCUUCCGGAUGGAGCCUGGGGCCCCUGCGUCACCCCGAAGGAGCCCUGGAGCUCCCCAGUCAAUCGCGAGAGACUCCAGGCCGAGUCUCAGAAAGCAAUCAGGACAAUGGACUCCCUCCCCGACCGAUUCUGAGAAGUUUGGAGUGAGGCCGGCCCAAUCACCGGCGGACGGAGCGGAGGAUUUUGUUCUCCCAAGCAAUCAUGAGGGACCCUGGACCGAGGAAGGAGGCUCGGGCCUUUAGAGCCACACCACUGGCCUCUUUCCCCUCCGACGCCUUUUGAGUGGGUUUGGGUUUUUUUGGUAGAAUUAAUGUUAUUAUUGUUUUGAAUUUAAGGCGAGCAGGUUGGUUUAAACAAUCCCCGGGGUGGAAGCGGAAGUGGGUGAUGUUGGAGACAUAUCAGAUCCUGGAGAGGAAGAGAGGCGGAAAACAGCAUCCGUUUGCGGAGGCCCUUGGCCAACCCGGGAGGAGGAAGGCGCUUCACAGCCCGCCCACCCCCAGAGUGUGGGCAAAGGGCAUUUCCGCUGGUGGCUGCCAUUUUCCUGUGGCCUCUUCGGAGCGGAAGCGGGGGUUACAACGAGGCUCUCCUCUCUCUAAGAUGCAAUCAGGUUGUGGAGGGAAGGCAGGCCCCCUGGCCUCUUAUGUUAGGGGGCGCUUUGGCCCCCCACAGCUCUCUAGGCACCCUCAAUCCAGGAUAUUCCCCUUAUUUCCUCAGGGCCGGAGGGUAGAAGCAAAAUGCAAUCCUAGUGGGCGCCGGAGCCCUCCUUUUGACUUCCAUGUCCCUUUCCUCGGAUCCGCACUUAACUGCCUCCCUAUGGGAGAGACUGAGCAGGCGCUCCCAGCUUCUCCCUGGGGCCAGAGAGAUUCCGGAGCAGGGGCGCAAGGAAGGAAGAACCCCGGGCCUCCCCCCACCCCCUGCUCCCCAGGGGAGGCCCGAGGCUGAGAACCCCUCCCCCCCCCAGUCGGAUCCGAACCGCUCUUCCUGCACUACUCAGACCAGAUCUGGGGAGAGAGCCUCCAGGAAGGGUCUGGCGAAGGGGCUCUCUGAGCUCCCCAGCUCGGUGCAUGCCCUUCUCCUCUGGCGGGCAGGGGCCGCCCGUGGCUUGGGCACCGCAGGGGGAGGGGGCCUUUGGUUUUGUUUGUUUAGUUUUCCUUUCCGCUAGCCAGGCCUCCUAGCCCGGAGCCUCGCUGAGGAGGGGCGGGCCUGCGCCCCGCCGCAUGCCUCCUCCCUUUCGCCGUGGCUCUGCCCGCCCCUGCCCGCUUCGGCUCUGGAAGGGCAGCCGACGCUUACAUUUUCAAUCUCUGCUUGGCUGCCUUAAACUCGGCUCUCCCCGAGGGAUGCCCCGGUCUGACGCCAGCCCUUUGGCGGCGGGGGAGCGGGGGAGGGAGGGAGCAAAGGCUUCUGUGAAGCUGCCCGACCCCCAGAAAGAACUCCUCCCCCGGCGCUGGCCCCGCCUGCACCAUCCACCCCGAGCCGGCAAACCUGCACACACGCACGCACUCGCUCCCUCCGGGCCUCCUCAGGACCCGAGCUGUAAGGCGGGCCGGCCAGCCCCGCCCCCAGGGAAGGGCAGAACGAGACGGCUACGGGCAGGUUCGGCUUCCCCGCCUUUUACCAGGUGACUCCCCAAAAGGGCCCAUCCCGCCCCCCAAGGACCGAGUGAGAGCGGAGGCCCUGCUUAGCUCAUCUUCGUGCUUAGUCAAGAGGCUGUUUUGAGUGUUUGGAAGAUGGGGGGCCGCGCAAUCAUGCCAAACAGUAUUGAACAAAGUAAUUUAUUUCUUUUGUAUCAUCAUGGAAUCCUUUUCUGGGAGACGCGGGGCUCCUCCGCCGGCCCAGAUCUCCUUUUCUGCAAUAGUUAUUUAAUGAAUACUUCUUUCUUUCUUGCCUCCCUCUUUAUUAAUUAAAACGUUUUUAAAAAGCGA